AUGUCUGGUGAGUGCGUGUACGACUUGGUGACCGCCAGCGACCCCGUAGGGGCAGGGGGGAACGUGGUGACCGUCAAGCCCGCUGCCACCGCCAAGAAGAGUCGCCGAGCACCACCGCCUACGGCGUCCACCUUUGGCAUUCACGGCACAAGCGCUGUUGUAGCGAACGCCGGGGGCGAGUUCACAGACGCGUCGGUACACCCCUCGCGGAAGCCCAUUGGGACUUUUGGCCGCGAGGUUGGCCCGACCGUGACCCCGGAGAACUUUCUCCGCAAAAACGAAGGUCCGCUCACUGCCAGCCGCGGUGCACCGACUGUAGAUAACUCCGCGUUUAAGAAGAGCGAAUACCACCGCGAAAAGGCAAAGCCCGACGUGCCUUUGCGUAACGAGCGCCCUGUCAUGGGAUUACGGACAGAGAAGAACUUUGUAGUCGCCAACGCGGUGGAGAACACGUUGGCAGUGCCUACCAAGGUAACACCAGCCCCGAAACCUCGUGCGACGGAUCGAGAGGACUUUGCCAAGGUGCCGCAGUACAUCACAGAAAUCAAAGAAGACAUAAAAGCGCGCAAGCAGAUGCUCGAAGACGAAAAGGCGGCGGACAGAACUGCACAGGAGCGGUGGUCGGAAAUUUCUCCGUCGGAGCUGGCGCAGCUGCUUGAUGGCCUUCAACGUCGCUGGGACGCACUCAACAAGGAUUACCAGACGAAAGGAUUCAGCAAGUUGGAAACACCGUCGCAGCGUGCACAUCAGGAGCUCGUAGAGAAGCAACUCGUGGCCGUAGAGUUUGCAAUGCAAAAGCUUAGCCGGCAGCACGUCUUCGUAUUCGACGAUCAGAAGUGA